ACACCGGUAAGAAUAAUUGAAAAUUGAACAACAACUUUCGAUGAUUCGAUGCUACUUGCUAGUGUUUUUUACUGUUUUCUGUUUUCUGUAUCAUUCUGUUUUUCGAGUCUAAAAUAAAAAAUCCAUUUUGUAGAUGUCUUACAAUUUACAAUUCCUUCUUUCCUUCAAUAAAGCUUAAAAAUAUUAAACAAUGUGGAUAACAAUUAACACAAGGUUAAAAAAUGGAGUUCAACUCAUCAAUUCCCUCAACAGACAAACAUUUGUACAGCUUCUUUCCCAUUUAUCAAGUAAUAAACCAGAAGUUUCUUUCACUGAAGAAGAACUGCAGAAACUACAAAAGUUAUUGGGACUGACUGAGGAGACUCUACAACUGUUAAUUCAGACUAUCUCUCACAUUUUGAGGCAGUCUAGCAAAGUGAUAUUGAAACCAACAGCUCUACAAAAGGAACUUUGUGAGAAAUUGGGUUUUGAGAAUGAAAAUGCUGAAGAAUUUGUGAAAUUCUGGUCUGUACAGAUGAAUGACCAUUUUGGUGAUUUUGAAAAUAGAAUGAAACUGAAAAAUAUAGCUUGGGAAUUGAAUGUACAAAGUGCUGAUCAAAUAUCCAAUAAAGAAAGCCUUCCACUGGCAAGGGUGCAAUUUAAUUUGAUGAAGUUAUCUGAUGAAAAAGAGGAUAGCCUAACAGUUGAAUUAGAUAAAAAUGAACUUCUGCAGUUUUAUAAUACACUGGAAAGUAUUCAAAUGAAAUUAGAUAACAUACAAGAUGUUGGAAAAUGAUUCAAUAUAAUUUCAAAUAAAUGCAGGUACAGAAACACAAAAAGCUUUUUCAUUUCACUUUUUGUGCUAUUUAGAACCCAUGAAAAAGGUAUAACAUAUAUUUAAAAUGCUCUAUUCAUACAAUUCAAAGUCAAUUCUAUUUGAGGUAUAGAAAUUGGAGUUCUCCCCACAUUUUCUGACCAUUACUCCACCUUUGAAAUAAUUUUCUUUGGACCAUUUAACCAUCUGGGCUGUGCUAUGGGGCCCAUGUAUUUCCUCAUCCUCAAUUUUCCAUUUGAAUUCCCACAAAAGUUCAUUUUUUUGAUUCAGACUAUCAUCUGCUCCAGUUUCAUGGGAACUGGAUGAUUCACCUCCAAAUUUGACUUUCUUUUCCUUUUCAUCAAAAUCAUCAGCAUACAUAUCUAGCUCAGGUUCAGAGACAACUGCUCUGUUUUUCUUCUCACUGUCAGCAACUUUGGCUUGAAUAUGCUCAUAUGUUUCUUGGUAAACAUCCAUAUUUCCCAGUUUAGUUAAUAUUCCAUUAGCCAGCUCUGUCAAAUUGAUCACAUCCUUGUUAUCAAUGAGAGUGCCUGCCUUUUUACGUUUCAACCUCUCCACACUGGAUAGUUUCAUAUCAGCACCUCCCAAACGCUUCAAAGCUUUAUUAACAGUCUCUUUGGCUCUCAUGUACUGUAACAUAUUCUUGUAAGAAAGAAUCUCAUCAAAUUUGUCCCCUGUCUCAGAUUCAGAGUCACUCUCUGCUCCCAAACCUUGUUCAUCCACAUUGUACUUAUCCUUGCUAUCAGAGGAAUGUUUUAUUCUUUGCCAAUCAAUGUUGUCUAGCCAGUUAUCCCUGACUUCUUUCUCGUUGUUCCAGAUGAAAUGUCCUUGUUUAUCAAAAUGGCCUUCUUCCAUUUCCUCUUUCAUGUUGAAAGCGGUCAUUUUUUGUUCGCCUUCUUGCCUAUCGAUGCCAUCUUCUUCGCCUUCGAUGUCAUCUGCAUCUAGAAUGUUAUCUUCAUCAACAUCAUCUUCUUCAUCACUGUCCAGGGUAUGUUUUUUCACGUUCAAUCGCCUCCUGUCAGUGGAAAUCUUAGCUUCCUUUUCGUAAAAGGCGCUUUCAUAGUUUCUUUUGGACAUUCUCAAUCAAAUCUCAAACUUGAAAAGUAAUUGUCAGUGUUUAUCUCAAAAUUCAGUCAAAAUCAUAAUUUAAUAAUCAGUUAUCAACUUAAACUCAUCAGUUGUUGACGUUCAGAAUCAGAAUUUAGGUUAGGUUCAUUGAUUGACAUUUGACACAGAAC